AUGUCUAGCCGAAAGGCCAACCCUCAAGACUCCAUGGUGUCUACCUGGCGCCAGGAUCAAUCUCAGUGGAGCUUCUGGCACUGGAUGAUCGAAAUCCUGGGCCUACACCUAAUCGAUCCCAAGAAAGAAGUCCCUAUAUUCUCGAAGAAAGAUAAGAUCCCCGCUAUGCGGGAGUGGACUGUCCAUCUGUGGAUUUUAUUGCACGCUGCCAUCCCACUCGCUCUGCACCACGUUUACACGGUCUACACAGGUCAUAACUUGAACCUCCUUGCCGCUUUCGCACUAUAUUCCACUUUCUUCAAAGUAAAUGGUAUCCACGAAAUGCAUAUUAUGCGUCGGCUGGGUCAGGUUUACGGCUUCUUAGAUGGCGACAAGCAUGCACGAGACGAGAUCCCGGAUGUAGGCGUGGGCAAGGUUAUUCGAGAACUCAUUUCCACUUCGACAUUCCGGAUGAUCAUGUCGAUAUUCCUGACCUACCAACCGAAUCAGACACCGACUUCGCUUCAGUGGAAGUGGCUUCCAUUGGAGAUCGGUUUAUACAGUAUUACCGUUGAUUUCUGGUUCUACUGGUAUCAUCGUCUGAUGCACUCGUCCGGACCGUUGUGGAAGUAUCACCGCAGACACCAUCUCACUAAGCAUCCGAAUCCGUUGCUAUCGGCGUACGCAGACCAUGAGCAGGAGUUCAUGGAUAUUACUGGGAUUCCGCUUUUGGCGUAUACCACGAUGAAACUUGCGGGGCUGCCGAUGGGGUUUUAUGAGUGGUGGGUUUGUUUUCAGUAUAUUGCUUUUUCGGAGUUUAUUGGGCACAGUGGGCUUCGAAUUCAUGGUGGUGCUCCAUCGACGGUGAAUUGGUUGUUGGAGGUGUUUGAUGCGGAGUUGGUUAUUGAGGAUCAUGAUCUUCACCAUCGGUAUGGGUGGAGGAAGAGUCAUAAUUAUGGGAAGCAGACUCGAUUGUGGGACAGGAUUUUUGGAACUUGUCAUGAGCGGAUUGAGAGUGUCAAGGAAAAUGUUGAUUAUACAAAUCGGGUGACUAUGCCUCUUCUGUGA